ACAGAACACAGAAACACCCUUGCCCUCAGACGUUUUUGAUCCGCCCCUGGGGCGUAGCCUCUCAGUUUCCAGUGGUGACGACCUGACUCCAAUCAGCUGGGAGACCCUCAAGGUUUAGGCACACACGUACAGUGGUCUAGUCAUUACUCAGCAAAAACCUGGCUACAAAAACCACAACAAGACCGGUCGACCAGAAACAACGCUACCGGUCUUUCCACCGAGAGCUGCUCAAGAAGCUUUACAAGACAGGCCGCAGCUGCGUUGGAAGGAGUCCCUGAAGCGUGACGUCCUUCAAGUCUCGCCAUGUCACUCCUUCUGCACGUCGCGUCGGGAGCCAAGGCGUUUCUAGACACCCAGACCGUCCUGGUCCUGUUGGUGUCGUUCCUUGGAGUUUUGUGGUUUAUCAGGAGGGGGAGGAACUACCCGCCAGGGCACUGGAAAUGGCCAAUACUCGGCAACAUUCCUCAUAUUUACAAGGACCCUCACCUGGUGUACACGCGGUGGGCGCAGCAGUACGGCCCGGUCCUGCACGUGCGGCUCGGCCAGAGGGACGCCGUGGUGCUGAACGGGUACGACACCGUGCACAAGGCCUUCGUGGGGAAGGCGGAGGACUUCUCCGGCAGGCCAACAUUCAUCUACUUCAUUAACAAGGUUUCUGACGGCGGUAAAGGUGUGAUCUUCGCUCCGUACGGCCCGUUCUGGAAGGAACAGCGGAAAUUUACUCUCAUGAGCCUGCGCGACUUCGGCUUCGGCAAGCGGAGCAUAGAGGGGAAAAUCAUCGAGGAAUCCCAGGCGCUACAGUCAGAGAUCGCCAAGUUCGACGGCCAGCCGUUCAGUACACACCGACUACUGCAGAACGCCGUCGCCAACGUCAUCUGCAAUAUAGUGUUCGGCGACAGGUGGGAGUAUGACGACCCGCUGUUCCAGCGCAUGAUGGACGCCCUGGACUACAUGGUGUCCACCAACGUGUUCGCCGUGCCGCAGAACUUUAUUCCCUUCACCAGAUACAUCCCUGGCUGGGAGGGUCGGCUGAAGCCCUGGAUGAAGAAGUUCCUGUCCAUCAUGGGUUAUCUGCGGGAGGAACUGGACAAGCACAAGGCCAGCUUCGACCCCAACGACCUGAGAGACUUUAUCGACGCGUACCUGCUGGAGAUCCAGCGGCAGAAGGACGUGGAGGGGACCCGGUUCCAGGAGGAACAGCUGCUGCAGAUCAUGCGGGACAUGUUCUUCGCCGGAGCGGAGACGACCGCCACCACCAUCCGCUGGACCCUGUUCUACAUGGUGGUGUAUCCCGACGUGCAGCGCAAGGUGUACGAGGAGAUAGACGGCGUGCUGGGGAAGGGCCCGCCGUCCGUGUCCCACCGCAGCCAGCUGCCGUACACCGACGCCGUCCUGGCCGAGGUGCAGCGGAUUGCCACCGUGGUGCCUCUCGGCAUCCCCCGCGCCACCACCAACGAUACAACCCUCAACGGAUACAAUAUCCCCAAGGACUGGAUCCUGUUUGUGAACCUGUGGUCCGUGCAUCACGACCCCCAGCGCUGGCCGGAGCCCGAAAAGUUUGACCCCGGCAGGUUCUUGGACGACAGCGGCAAGUUCCAGAAACCGGAGGGGUUCAUUCCGUUCUCCACAGGCCACCGAGUGUGUUUGGGUGAGCAGUUGGCGAGGGUGGAGAUUUUCAUCUUCGUCAUCACACUGCUACAGCACUUCGAGCUCAAGCUGCCAGAGGGCGCUCCUGUGCCGUCCCGCAAGGGCAGGAUGGGCGUGACCCACGCGCCCCAGCCUCACGAUAUUGUGGCAAUUCCAAGAGAUUAGAUUUGAAGCCAUCGAUAGUUCAUAAAACGCAGGGGAAUACUUUUGUACCGAUAGUCCGAAAACGCAGGGAAACACUUUUGUACCGAUAGUCCAUAAAACAUGGGAAAUACCUUUGUAUACAUUAACUAUGUAACGUUAUAUAUUAACAUACUUACCGGUAACUAGUAUAAAAUAGAAUGAUUGCAUACUUUAACAACGACCAUCCCUAUUUUUGGAUUAUAUAUGACCAAGGAGGCUCUAUGAAUCAAGUGCAUGUGAAAUUAAUGAAGCACAAUAUGUUACAUAAGUGCUACAAUUAUUGCUCUACUGUGUCUCGAACAUGCCUCAUGAAAGUAAACACCUGUUUUCAAGUGACACUUUAAAACCACCGACAUCAAUGAAAGUGUGAAGUCUUUUGUGAACACCUGUUAUGAAGUGGAGGAACAACACUAAGGAAUCUAAUCUCAAAGCAG